CGAAGGACACAGAAGACCCCUCCAGUUCUAAAGAUGCACCUGAGAGUGAGCUCAAGGUUUACAAGCGCCGCUGGUAUGUCCUGAUAGUGUUCAGUCUCUACGCCAUGACCCAGAACUGCAUCUGGGCCUCGUGGGGUGCCAUAUCGGACACAGCGGAGGAAGCGUUUGGCUGGAGCGAUGCCACCAUCGCCUGGAUGGUCAACUGGGGGCCGGUCUCCUACGUGCUGGUCGGGCUCUUCUAUCCAUGGCUCAUGCAGGUCAAAGGUUUGCGCAUAGCCACCGUGUCCAGCAUGCUGUUUGUUGCUGUCGGCUCCACCAUGAGGGUGAUCACGUCAGAGCCGGGACCCGCCACGAUUCUCAUCCACGUGGGUCAGUUUCUGAACGGUCUCGGUGGUCCUAUUGGAAUGGGUGCCAUGCCGGCCUUGUCAUCGCAGUGGUUCCCUCCCCAUCAGCGAGUGACAGCCACAGCCAUCGGGACCUGCAUCAACUACUUUGGUGGUGCCCUCUCUUUUGUCUUGGGCCCAGCUCUGGUCUCAGGGGGUCCUCCCUCCGGUAACAAAAGCAUGAUCUCAACAACCACAGCUGCUCCCAACAGUUCCGUGUCUUACAGUUCCGAGUUUCUCGGGGAAGUCUGGGACUUUUCAGAGUCAAAGAAUGUCACAGAGGGCAGAAUCCACAGGGAACGUGAAGAAAUUAUGCGGUACAUGUACUAUAGUAAGUCAUUUGUGAAGGUAUUCACUAAUUCUUAUUUGAGUCUCAAGUGCUCUGAGAUGUGGGCGUGGCUGGUGACCCUGUGUCUGUUGAUCUACUUCCCGUCCAAGCCCCCGAGCCCGCCGUGUGUGAGCGCCAGUGUGGAGAGAGAGAAGUACUGGUCAGGCCUCUGGUCUCUCAGGAAAAACGUUUAUUUCAUCAUCAUUUCCUUCAUCUACUCCGUGUCCAACGGUGUGUGGAACUGCUGGAACACUGUCCUCAACGUCAACCUCAACUCCCUGGGCGUGUCGGAGACCACGGUGGGCUGGAUUGGCUUUUACUCCACUGUGGCAGCCUGUGUGGGCACGCUAGUGGUGGGCAGGUUUGCUGCACACUUCACUCGGAGCAUGAAGCUGUUCAUCUUUGUGAUGUACAUUGUGGCGGCUGGCAGCUUCACCGUGGUGGCUCUGAUACAGGUCCGGCUCAUUCCCUUCUCUCUAGUGGGUCUGUACGUGACCAUCAUCGGAGGAGGCUGGCUGCUGGCCGGGGCCGUGCCUCUCCUCUAUGAGCUGGCCUGUGAGAUGGCCUUCCCCACGGGAGAGAGCGCGGCCAACGGCAUCCUCUGCUACCUCAACAACGUCGCGGGGCUCGUCUUUCUCGCCAUCUUUUCCAUUCCUCACAUCGGCACGUCGUGGAUGAACUGGGCUAUGAUUGGCUCCAUUGUCGUGUGCAUCCCCAUGAUUGGUCUACUGCGGAGUCGCUUCAAUCGCCUGGAGAUGGACGAGGGAGUGGACACUAACCGCUACGUGGAGCAGAGCAUCAACGUUACAGGGGACAGUGGACAGAUGGGCUCAGAUUCCUCUCUUUUGACGUAGCCUGAUGUGUGCGACAAUGUACGAUGGGUGACAAUCUGAGGAAAGCAGAGGACAAAAAUAGAUGGCGAGAGCUGGUUUUCAGAUGCAGUGGUGCCCCCACUGUUGCCCGAACCACAGGAUAGAAGGAGAAGAAGAAGAAGAUGAUGAUGUGUUCAUUACUGCUGGGAUAUUACUGUGGAAGCUGUCUAAGACUGCCAUCUGAUGUAGUUGAGGAAAGUGGCUGUCUUACACAGGGUCAUUAUCAUGUAAAAAAAUGCAAGGGGAGCUGGAGAAUGGGAUGAGGCUGUUUGUACAGAUGAUUGUCUUUUAUAGGUGGCCUUUUGUACAGGUGAUUGUCUUAUACAGGUGGC